AUGAUCGUUCCAUUGAAUGUGAGCGAAAAAAGUAGACCAGGUGAUGAUUUGCUGUCUUCAUGUGGGUUCGCUGGUGACUGCAAGGCCAUUCUUCGAGAAGACGGCAGUAUUCAUUGUACAGAUAUGAAAAUGUGCGACAUAUCUCUUGAGUUCCCGCGUUACUGCUACGAUCUCAAUAUGCGUGAUUAUCGAUACGUGUAUGGUUCAUGCCUUGUGCACGAAGAAAAUGAGAAGCAUGGGGUGGUCAAAGUCGACCUAAAUGAUAAUACUUUCAAAUUGUGGUCCAAGGAUGCUGCAGAUCACUUAUGUGGUGAGCCCAUUUUGGUGAACAAGCCUGGAUAUUCCAAAGAGGAUGAAGGAGUGUUGAUUGUCCCGGUCGUCACAUGUCGAGAAGGAGAUGUACCGUACGUUGUCAUACUAAACGCUGAAACGUUGGAAGAGCAGGCUCGCUUCGUGGUCCCUCAUUCAAGAAUACCACUCGGUUUCCAUGCACACUAUACUCAACGAUCAAACUGA